AACUGCGUUAUUUAUGAAGGUGAAGUGAAGGCAGUAAUUCUGUUACUGGUAGGUAUACAGUGGGAAUGGGAGGGUGCGUGCCAAAUGCCUCAUUAGCCACUUCAAGUGUGUAUAUACAAAACUGUUUACAGCACCUCUGCUGAUACGAGGCUGAGUCAGACUCGUUAACGUUCAAUUACUUUCUAUAUGAGCCAGGGUUGCAGCUAAACUAAAACAACUGCUUUUAUACUUUAGCUGAAAUAUAGAUAGUCGGAAAACUUUUGAAGGUUGUUUGCCACUAGUAAAGGUGGCAAACAAGAAGGCUACCACUACAAUGUUAUCUACUAUUGGUAUAUGUCAGGGCUCUUGAGCAGAAGAAGCGAGCGAUGGAGCAGGCAGAGGAAGAGAGGAGGAGGAGAGCGCUGGAAGAGAGGAGACAGACCCAGAGAGAGGCGACCGAGCGGUGCAAGAUGGCCAUUAGUCGACUGAGGAUCUCCACACGGGGCUCCAACAACCAUCACCACCAAGACACUCCUGUGGAAAUUAUGUAUACCAGCCUACCACGGCAAGCAGGAACCAAUAGAUCUACUGCCACCACCGUUUAUUCUACCGCAUUAUUGGGUGGAAUGAGAGAGGAGGGAGGGGGAAGAGUUGUUCUGGGAGCACAAGUGGAGUUGAGACAAGACCAGGUCAAUUCUGUCAGGAGGCCACCAGCUUUAGAGGAGGUCCUCAGAUCUAUUAGAGGUGUGUCGAGAUUUCCUCUGUAAAAUGCACGUCUGUCAUCACAUCGCGAAUUCAACAAAAGUCAGCAGAACUCGCCUAAGCCUCCUGCAUCUGUACCAUCUCGACCACCCAGUGUCCAAAGCAGACAAAACAAGACCACAGCUACCACUAGUGUACGCACCAUCUCGACCACCCAGUGUCCAGAGCAGACCAACAGCUACCACUAGUGCUGCAAGUAGUACAUCAGACCCAAACUUUAACACCCACUGCCCUAUUUACAAGGUGCACCACACUAAAGUAGACCAACAGCCUCCAGAACCCAGCAAGCCCAAGUCACCCACCAUCAAGCCCACCCAUACCACUACCACCAGUCAAGAUACAAAGAGACACUCUGACACUGAAGGGAUGGUGUUCCACCCAGUAGUAAGAGGACCGCUCAAGACAAGAGUCGAAGUGUCCCACGAUACCCAAAUCUUGAGAGUCGUGUCUCCAACGCAAGAAGACAGCAGUAGCUCCGGUAGGUCACCUGUGGAUAGUUUGUCCGGCGAUUCCUCAGACGCAGGCUCCACAACUGCUCCGGGAACGAAACGAGUCGUCCGUCGACACAAGAAGAUCGUGAAGAAGGAAAAUCAGAAGAAAAACGGUGAAGAGAAUUCAAUCGCAGCUCCGUCUAACGUGCCCAAGGAGGAUGCUAAACCCUCAACAUCGUCCGGUGACAAGGUCUAUUCUGAUAGCUCCAGCGAUGAUGAGUCAGCCCCUACUCGUUUGUCACCACCUCGUAGCCGUCGACGGAGGAAAUUACCUCCCGGAAAACCCGGGGAAACUUCAAACAGAGAAGCGUCUGUUGAAAACAAUGAACCCCAAGGCCCCAAGAUUGUAGGGAUUCUAAAGAAACCGCGCGGUGGGAGCAGUACGGUUGCCUUUGCUAACACGACAGACGGGAGAAAAGAAACGAGAGCCCCGGAGAAUGUCCAAAGUUGUGCAAGCUCUACAGCCAGCAGUGCCUUUGCGUCAGAGCUAACUCGCCUCAGAGAAGACGCAUCCGGUGCAAUCGGCCGUGCUCAAGUCUCUCGUGACACCAUCUCGCUGUCUUCAGCCAGCACCACAAAGAGAGUCAGAUUCUCCGACACUUUAGAGAGUUCCCUCAACUGCUCCCAGGCAUCGAUAUCUCACCAUCCACCCACGCCCUCUUCUUCCUCUAACACUGACCUCGUGUUAGAACGGCUCUGGAGACAGAUACUGCAAAGCGGGUCGCCUACCAACAUCCCACUGAACGGAAUGUUCAACCCCAGAAUGAAAAUCUCUCUAAGCCAAAAGGGAAAAGGAUCGCAGAAAGAGGCUCAGGUUACGUGCGACCAUAUCACUGUUCACGUCCCUCAGGCAAAGACUCUGCCAGGAGAAAACGAUAGAGUUUCUCGUCCUUCUUUGUCCGUGAGUGGCAGUAGGCAGACGGAAAACACGGGGAGCAGAGACGAAAGAAAAGAACACACGCAGGCAAGUUUCAGCUCGGCACAGAGGCAGCGAACGGGCAUUGGUUCAUCCAUCGAGAGUGCUACUACGCAGGGACUUGUAGCAACUAGUAAAGGAGAGAGUGGAGAGAGAGUGCGCUCCAUCGAGACAGGUCCAACAGACGAAGAGAUUGAUAGAGGCUGGGGCAACAUUCAGGGUCAGCUACAGAGCUGGACAGGUGGGGUCCCAGUGGCCCCCCAGGUCUUCCAAUUUCCCCCGGUUCCCCCGAAAAUUGAGCCCCCAGCAGCAGGGGGUAGAGGUGGAGGGGGCAGGUAUCUCCCGCAUCGACCCCAGCAAAAACCCACUACCACUCGGAGCCACACCCACCAAAAGUGGGCGGGGCCGGAUAAACAAUUACAUCGUUGGCCUCAUGACAUGACCCACCCAGACACUGUCCAAUCAGAACCUUCAUACGUAACUGUGCAGACAUCGUCAUGGGAACAACAACACACGAAACAAACAAAACCAGGUGCCACAGGAUUAUCACAUGAGGAGCAACAACUAAUACAGUCCCUUCAGAAAAUCAAUCAGAGAUUAAAAGAGCAUGAAAUGGCCCACGGUCCUCACUCUUCCUCCCACCCUCCCCACUAUCACCCCGUGUCAGUUCACACUCGCAGACGGACCAACAACCCCACCAGACAGAGCUAGGCAAAAGCAUAAUUAUAUUUAUAUGGACAUUAUAUAUGUCCUCUGAAAUGUGAGCAAACAUGACACAUGCAAAUUCCGUGGGCGAAAAAACCAUUUUUUGA